CUGAGGUGGCGGCGUGACGAAAUCGACGCAGGGGGUCAGCAUGGGGUGCGGGGUGUGGAGGAAGCGGCGCGGGACGUGCAACGUAGGGGGUGGCUCCGCCGGGACUGCGAGUUGGUGUUUACGAGGUGACUAGCUGGUUGUUAUCAGAGGACGGUGCAACAUUCUGAAGGGAGCGCUCACGAGUGGGGAGGAUGCUGGUGGUGGAGGUGGCGAACGGCCGCUCGCUGGUAUGGGGGGCCGAGGCGGUGCAGGCGCUGCGUGAGCGCCUGGGAGUAGGGGGCCGCACUGUGGGCGCCCUGCCCCGCGGGCCCCGCCAGAACUCGCGCCUGGGCCUCCCGCUGCUGCUGAUGCCUGAAGAGGCGCGGCUCCUGGCCGAGAUAGGCGCAGUGACCCUGGUCAGCGCCCCGCGCCCGGAUCCCCGCCAACACAGCCUGGCAUUAGCAUCCUUCAAGCGCCAGCAGGAGCAGGGCUUCCAGGAGCAAAGUGCUCUGGCAGCUGAAGCCCGUGAGACCCGUCGUCAGGAGCUCCUAGAGAAGAUUGCCGAGGGCCAGGCUGCGAAGAAGCAGAAGCUGGAACAGGAAUCAGGGACCAGUGGGAGCCAGGAGCCCGGUGGAAACCAAGCUGCAGAAGAGAAUGAGGCCAGUGCUAGCCAGGCUGCUGGGGAGCAUGAAGAAGCAGGUGAAGGUUCCUCCUCUCCCCAACCGGGGCCUUCAAACGGAGUGGCCCCUUUGCCCAGGUCUGCUCUGCUUGUCCAGCUGGCCACUGCCAGGCCUCGGCCCAUCAAGGCUAGGCCCCUGGACUGGCGUGUCCAGUCCAAAGACUGGCCCCAUGCUGGCCGCCCUGCCCACGAGCUUCGCUACAGCAUCUACAGGGAUCUGUGGGAGCGAGGCUUCUUCCUCAGCGCUGCCGGCAAGUUCGGGGGCGACUUCCUGGUCUAUCCUGGCGACCCACUCCGUUUCCAUGCUCACUACAUCGCUCAGUGCUGGGCUCCUGGGGACCCCAUCCCACUCCAGGACCUGGUUUCUGCUGGCCGCCUGGGAACCAGUGUCAGGAAGACGCUGCUCCUGUGCUCUCCGCAGCCUGAUGGUAAGGUGGUCUACACGUCCCUGCAGUGGGCCAGCCUGCAGUGAACUCCAGAGACCUACGGGCCCGGGGCUGAGUCUCUGAAGAGCCUUUCUAGCUGGUCCCAGGCUCAUCUCCGAGUGGGAGGCUGGAAUGCCCUCCUACCUCUCUCCGUGGUUAGUUUUUGAUUCCAGAGUUAUAAACACUACAUCCUUCUUAUGUCCCUCCCCAUUUCAAAGCACUUCAUGGCUGUGUUGUUUUUCUAGUUACCUGAGCUUGAGUGUGAAAGCUGGUUCAUCUCUGUUUUCUACAGCGCUUAGGUCCCAAGAAGUCUCAAUAAACUUGUUGAGUAGA